GACAUCACAAAGGACGUAAAUCGGUUACGCACAACAACAUCAUGUCUUAGAAAAACUCUUCCAAAUGGACGGGGAUCCUGAUUUUGACGAGGAUUCCCCUCCACCGCCAAAGACUUUGUGGCAAGUUUUUCAAAGCCUUCCCGAGCGUCACCCAAUUUUACCACUGAAAAAUCUUCUUGGAGUCAAGCAAGACCCCUUUGUGAUACCAUUAACAAUCUUCGUAGGUGCGAUAACUCUGUGUACUGGCUACACCGUACUGACAACUAUUUACAGCACUCUCAUCUUCUGGACAAUCUUAGUGCUAACCCCGUACGUGGUCCUCCAAACCGUACAAGCAUGCGUUUAUUUGGCAUACCGCUGUGUCUACGCAGCAUUGAGCCUGAUUUACGCUACACUUCGACCAAUGGCAAUGCAAAAUUUCCGACCUUUCAGCAAUGUUUACAACAUCUUACUAAAGCCGAAAGAUGACAAAUAUGCAUUUGAUAGAUCUAUUAUGCCAUGUGAAGGAAGACCAGAAUUUAGCCGAGCGAUGUACUCUUCUGAUGAAUCUGAUGCGGAGAUGAGUCGUGCUUACGAAGAUGUCUCGAUUAUACCACCGUUUGCUCCCGAUGACUUGACGACGACUUUGCGACGACGACGUCGUCACGUGAUGUUUUCAUCCGACGAAUCAGAUUGAAGGAGUCAGUUAUUAAUUAUGUAUAUGUUUUAUAUUUCACUUUUUAAUGUUUAUUCUGGA